AUGGUGUGGGAAGAUCUAACAGUUGAAUGCUUUGGAACACACAAGAAGAAGCUGCUUAAUGGAAUCACUGGUUUUGCUGAACCUGGUCGUAUUAUGGCCGUCAUGGGUCCUUCUGGCUGUGGCAAAACCACUCUCCUCAACUCUUUCACUGGAAGACUUCCAACAAAUGUUGUAGUAAGCGGCAACAUUCUACUCAACGGGAAGAAGAGAAGUUUCUAUUCCAAAGAUGUGUCUUAUGUGGCUCAAGAGGAACUUUUCUUGGGAACUUUGACUGUGAAAGAGACCCUAACAUUCUCUGCAAACAUGAGGCUCCCUUCUAAGAUGACCAAAGAAGAGAUAAAUAAAGUUGUUGAAGAGACAAUAAUGCAAAUGGGUUUAGAAGAUUGUGCAGAUAAUAAGAUUGGGAAUUGGCAUUCACGGGGUAUAAGUAAUGGUGAAAAGAAGAGACUUAGCAUUGGCCUUGAAAUUCUAACACAACCCCAUGUCUUGCUUCUUGAUGAACCUACUAGUGGACUUGAUAGUGCCUCAGCUUUUUAUGUUAUCCAAGCUCUAUGCAACAUUGCUUGUAAUGAAAAAAUUGUUAUUUGUUCCGUUCACCAGCCAAGUAGUGAAACUUUUAAUCUCUUUGAUGAUUUGCUUUUGCUCUCAAGUGGGGAAACUGUUUAUUUUGGAGAAGUAAAGAUGGCUCUAAAGUUUUUUGCUGAUGCAGGGUUCCCUUGUCCAAUUAGAAGAAAUCCUUCAGAUCAUUUUCUUUUAUGUAUCAAUUUGGACUUUGACUUGAUUACUUCAGUACUAGCAAGAACACAAUUAUGUCUUGUAUCUUCAUCAAAUUCAGCUAUGGGAAUGAGAACAGCAGAUAUUAGAGAGAAACUCAUUAGGAGUUGUAAAAGUUCAGAGCUAAUGAUCAAUGCAAGAAGAAAAAUUCAACAACUGAAACCCAAUGAAGGGCAUGAAAUUGAGCCCAAAUUUGGUAGCAAUACCACAUGGUGGAAGCAACUAUGCACAUUGACCAAGCGAUCUUUCCUAAACAUGACUAGGGAUAUUGGAUACUACUGGCUGAGGAUAAUAUUCUACAUACUUGUAGCAAUCAGUGUUGGCACCCUCUAUUUUCAUAUUGGCACAGACAACAACUCAAUAUGGGCUAGAGGCAUGUGUGUAUCAUUCAUCUAUGGGUUCAUGAGUUGUUUGUCAGGUGGAGGAUUCCCACAUUUCAUUGAAGAAUUGAAGGUGUUUUAUGGAGAAAGGUCCAAAGGGCAUUAUGGGGAGGCUGCAUUUGUUCUAUCAAAUAUGAUAUCAUCGUUCCCUUUCAUUCUUGUUCAAUCUCUCUUCUCUGGAACAAUCAUAUACUACAUGGUACAAUUUCAUCCAGGUUUAGUUCAUUGUGCAUUUUUCUGCAUCAGCUUGUUUUGCUGUCUAUCUGUUGCGGAGUGCUGUUUCAUGAUUGUGGCCUCAAUGGUGCCCAAUGUCUUGAUGGGCUUAGGAACAGGAACUGGUGUAUUAAUUUUCAUGAUGAUGUCAUCCCAAUUAUUUAGGCCACUACCAGACAUUCCAAAGUUUUUUUGGCGCUAUCCCAUGUCCUACCUCAGUUUUUCUACUUGGGCAGUGCAGGGACAGUACAAGAAUGACAUGCUGGGGGUUGUAUUUGAUCCUCUGCUCCCUGGAGACCCGAAAAUGACCGGAGAAGAAGUCCUAAAAGUGGUAAUUGGGGUUCCAUUGGAUCAUGACAAAUGGUGGGACUUAACAGCAUUGGUCUUCUUAUUAUUUUUUCACAGAUUGAUUCUUUUCUUGGUGCUGCGCUGUAACAAAAGAUCAGUGUCACCCGUGUUGUGGUUUUACUUAUGUCAAGCAAAGUCAACUCUUCGCAAAAAAAUGUUUACUUAUUAACAAAUCAUUUAUGAGAAAUACCAGUAACUACUCUUUUGAACAUGAUUUUUGUGAUUGGUCUAUUCUUAAAAAAAUUAAAGUACUUGUUUUAUAAAUAAUUUUUAAAAAAUGUUUUAACGUUUUAAAACAUUCACCAAUCACAAAAAAUUAUGUCAAACUGUCGAUUUAGAAGGGUAUUGUUAUUAUUCCUCAACCUUC